AUGGCUGAAAACUCUGGAAUCACAAAAUCAAACUUUGAGUUUUGGCUGCACAAAGCCCUUGAGUGGGGUCAAAUCACCACUCUAGAAUCUCAGCAAGAUGUCUGCCUUCACUUGCCUGAAUUACAGGAAUUUCUACUGCAGAUUUAUGGAGCUUUGAAACAUAUGAACUGUACUGAUGCAGUCCAAAAGUUUCCAUUAAUCGGCCAAUUAUUGGGAAGGCUUUGCUGGAAUCCAUUUGUCAUUGGCCAUGAUGAAUGCCAGAAGAUUCUAAUGUGGUGCUUAUGUUGUCUGUACAGUGGUGAACCACAGAACCCUGUAGAAUUGAAGGCCAACAGCUGGAUACAAAUCUCAUUAUGCCAUCUCCUGUCACUUUCUGGGCUGGGACAUCAUGAUGGUGAUAUUAACAACUUCAUUGCAACUCUUGGGCUGACACCUGCAGAUUAUUAUCUGAAACUUGUGGAAAAUGUCGUCUCAUCGCUAGUGACAGAACUCAACAGAAACUGGUUUAAUAGAUUUAAUAGUCAACGAAGUAUUUCUUUUCGAGUAAGAUCUUUGUGCCUUCUCUGUGUACCACUUAUUAAUUUACCUGAUAUAAAACCACUGCUGGAAGCCCUUCUUAGCUAUUAUGGAGAUGGAUCAGAAGAAGUCCUCCAUUGUGAGUUUUUAGAAGCUGUAAAUGAAGCCAUUUUACAAAAAAAGAUUUCCUUGUCUGAAUCUGCUGUGGUGCAGCUGUGGCUUCGUCAUCUUCCUAGUCUGGAGAAAGCUUUGUUACAGAAUUUUGAAAGUUUAAUUUCUGAUCAACCAAAUUCACUGGAAGAAAUGAUAUGUCUGAUAAAAAGUUCCCUAUUGCCCCGAGCUGCAUGUCAUCCAGCCAUCUUCAGAACUGUUGAAGAAUUUUUCAAGAAUGCAUUGCUGGAAACUGACGGAGCAUCAGAAGUAAUGAUUAUAAUACAAGUGUUUAUGCAAUGCUUUCUUCAAGCUUAUCAAGAGAAUAAUAAGCAGCACAAGUUUCCACUGAAGGCCUACUUUCCUCAUAGUCUACAUUCACUGUUGAGAGCUUUCCUCAGACAGCCCUCAGAUUUGCCAGCUACUGGUUUACAUCAGCAUUUGAUUCAUAUUGCUGAAAUGUUGAAAGCAAUAGUAAAAACUAAUUGCAUGAGAUCUUGUAGUAACCUCUUUGAAACCUGGUUUCUGUUCAUCCAUUUUGGAGAAUGGGCUGAUGCCGCCGCAGAACAUUUGCUGGUGUCAAAAGCAGAAUCUUCAGAUGCUUUGUUGUGGCUUUUAGCAUUUUACUAUGAUCCAAAUGAUGAGAAUCACCAGAGAACUCAAACAAUGUUAGAAGGUAGAUCUGUAUAUGAGCAUCUCACUACCUUGUCCAGAACUCCAGUCCUUUCUGCCAGAGAUCUGCAGGCUGCAGUUAACAGCACAAUGAGCAGAAGGCAACCUGCUACCAAAGAACUUGCAGUUCAUCUAAUUAUCAGCUUUCUGCUUUUUACUGCCAAUGGACACGCAAUAGCCAGAGAAUUUAUUGCUCAUUUUGCAGUUACAUAUGGUGAAGUCCCCAGAGUUUCUAGUCUUCUUAGCCGAAUUGCACACAGAGCCAGCCAACUUGAAAUAAAAUAUCAAACGACUGUAAAGCUGGUGAAUGAUCUUUUGCAGAUCCUCAAAUUUGUGGGUUAGUUUUUGUAGUGAUUCUCAACU